GUGUCCCGCCGAGACCUCGCCUCCGUGGUGGGCGCACGGGGGAACGGGGCCACGACGGUCUCGGCCACCAUGCUGCUCGCGCACCACGCGGGCAUCCCCCUGUUUGUGACCGGGGGCAUCGGCGGCGCGCACCGGGGCGCGGCCGAGACCUGGGACGUCUCCGCGGACCUCACCGAGCUUGGGCGGACGCCGGUGUGCGUGGUGUGCGCGGGUGCGAAGAGCAUCCUCGAUCUGCCCAAGACGUUGGAGUACCUCGAGACGCAG